GCUGCACACUCCAUCACAUUCAUCAUAAGCCUGUCCGGCCACUAACGAGUCACCUGCUGCGAACCACUUUCCUGCACCUUCGACGACGACGACACCAAACGACGACCAACGACACCACCCAACGAUCACCUCCCCCGAACAUCCCUUCCGACCAAGCCGAAGCGACCGGUUGGCAGGUGCCAGGUGCACCCCCCUUCCAGCAACGGUCUCCUGCCAUCUGUGACAGCCUCACGCAACCGGCUCUUCCCCGUUGACCUCUCCCAACCUCAUCCUCGCCUCGAAAGCAGGAUUGUCGCCAAUUUCACCACUUCGCACACUCGACGAUCACAUCGCGACGGCUCGAUCUGCGCUGCGUUCCAAGCCCGUCUGGUCACGACCCUUUGCGACUUGGCUGCGCUCGCUUUGCGGGAACAGUGACUUGGAGACUUGACGAUCAGCACCACCACCACCCCGCCGCGACCAUGUCACGAUUCGCCCCAAGUCCGGCAUCUACAGCGCGACCUGACGACAACAACGACAAUCGAUUCAACAUGCUGCGAUCACGGCGGCAGCAACGCGCUUCUAGCGUAUCCAGCUCCAGUUCCUCCUCGACAUCGCCCGAGCGCGAAGCGGAUGAUGACAACGAUUCCUUCAUGAUCCAGGCCAACGAUUCACAGUCCUCGCUAGGCGGCGACAUGUCUCCGGAGCUGUCGCAAACGGAAGCCAUGCGGAGGGAGUACGAAGAGCGAUGUCGUGUGUCGCCCGUGCAUCGCCUUCCGGCAGAGAUCUUGAUCAGCAUAUUCUCGCGCCUCACUUCCUCGCGCGACCUGCAGAUGUGUAUGUUGGUGUGCAAGGAGUGGGCGAAGAACAGCGUGGGGCUAUUAUGGCAUCGGCCGGCCAUGAAUAAGUGGCAGAACAUCCACAAUGUGAUCAACUCGAUACGGAAUAGGAAACGCUUCUUUGCGUAUCAGGACCUGGUCAAGAGACUGAACAUGUCAACACUCGGCCACCAAGUCAGCGAUGGAACGUUGGUUGGCAUGAAGAACUGCAAGAGGAUUGAACGAUUGACGUUGACCAAUAACUGCAAAUUGACUGAUAUGAGUCUUGUGCCUCUGAUUGAUGGGAAUCGGAGCCUUCUUGCGCUGGACGUCACUGGUCUGGACCAGCUCACGGAUAAGACCAUGAUGGAGGUUGCAGACAACUGCUUACGCCUGCAAGGACUCAACGUGACCGGAUGCAAGAAACUGACAGAUGCGUCCAUCAUGGCAAUUGCGAAGAACUGCCGGCAUCUGAAGCGACUCAAAUUCAACAACUGUGUUCAGUUGACGGACAAAUCGAUUGAGACUGUGGCUACCUACUGCGCACACCUCCUCGAGAUCGAUCUAUAUGGCUUGCAGAACAUGGAGAGCCAGUCUAUCACAGCAUUGCUUACCAGAUGUCCGCAACUGCGUGAGAUGCGUCUUGCACACUGUGGCCAGAUCAAUGACCAAGCAUUCCUCGACAUCCCGUACGAUCCGGAUCACCCUACAACAUUCGAUUCGCUACGCAUUCUUGACCUUACGGACUGCGCUGAACUAGGCGACAAAGGUGUCGAGAAGAUCAUUCAGACUUGUCCUCGCCUGCGUAAUCUUAUUCUAGCAAAGUGCCGACAGAUCACGGAUCGCGCAGUAUUCGCUAUCACCAAAUUGGGCAAGAAUCUGCACUACAUCCAUCUGGGACAUUGCGCGCGCAUUACCGAUGCCUCUGUUGAGGCUCUGGCGAAGGCUUGCAAUCGCAUCCGAUACAUCGAUCUGGCAUGCUGUAGCCAACUUACCGAUCAGAGCGUAAUGAAAUUGGCUGGACUGCCGAAGCUCAAGCGGAUCGGACUGGUGAAGUGCGCUGGAAUAACGGAUCAAAGCAUAUGGAGCCUGGCGCGAGGGGAAGUGAGGAAUGGCAAGACAAUUGGCAAUUCAAGCGUGUUGGAGCGAGUGCACUUGAGCUACUGCACUCAGUUGACACUCGAUGGAAUUCACACCUUGCUCAACUCUUGCCCAAAGCUCACUCACCUCAGCUUGACGGGUGUGCAAGCUUUUCUCAGAGACGAGCUGGUCGUCUUCUGUCGAGAUGCCCCGCCUGAGUUCAACGAGCACCAGCGCGACGUCUUUUGCGUUUUCUCCGGAACCGGUGUCUCACGGCUCCGACAAUAUCUCAACGAGCAGAAGUGGGCCCGUGAAGCUCGUGAAGGCCUUGCUGCUCGACAAAACGCACGUCGUGCAGCGGCUUUGGCUGCAGGUGAACAUGAGCCGUCGGAUGCUGACAUGGACGAGAGCAUUGUCGACUCGAACGGAAGCACAACGCCUGUACUGAAUGUCGACGUCCAAGGACAUUAUCAGCCUGGUCACACCCCCAUUGUGCCCACUCCUACUCACAACUGGCCGACGGGGAACAUUCCGGGUCUUGCAGGCGGAAGUCCUUCUCCUCUCAGUCAGAGCGCACCGGCCACAACCACGUCUGCUGGUCCGGCAUGGACUGCUGGACAUGGUGGCCAUCAUAUCCACACUGCUCCUCCUGGCGUAACCCACAUCCAGCCAUACCAGCAAAACCCUAAUCACACGCACCUUGCCGGCAUGAUGGGCGCUGCUGCCCUGGAUGAGAUUGACGUGGAUGGCGAUGAGGCUUUCGGAGACGAGAGUGAAUUGAUGGACCACGAUUGAGCACCAGACACUUUCACGUCUAGCGGCUCCCGUUCUCCCUCUUCUGUCAUUCGGUCGCGCUAAUUUGCGUGAUUCAGAAGGCAGUGGGAAAGUUCUUCAACACUACGCACGCAUGUGUACACUUUGCAUUUCUUUGUUGGUUUUCUAGCAAGCGCUGUUUUCUCUCUUAUCUUUGUUUGCCUGGACUUGCCGCGUUAUAAGCGGGAUUGGAGGAGGAGCAUUAUACACCAUCAUCAAUAUCAUCAUCAUGAGGGAAUAUGGAACGACAAGGGGAAAGAGGAGUGGCGUGUACGUCGUGUACGAAAGAGAAGAAGCGCGCGAUCCUCUAUCGGAUCGAGUCGAAUGGAUUGGCAAAUCCUCGCGUAAUGGGGAGAGAGGCGAGUCAUCAGUAGAUAGC